AUGAGAAGUCUCUGGGUCUUGCUGCUGGUGCUGACCACCUGCAUGGUGGUGAGUGCGGGUCCCCUGCCGACACCACCCGAUGACAUCCAAGUGCAGGAGAACUUCGACCUCUCUCGGAUCUACGGGAAAUGGUUCAACGUGGCCAUCGGCUCCACCUGCCCGUGGCUGAAGAGGAUCAUGGACAAGCUGGCCGUGAGCACGCUGGUGCUGCGAGAGGGAGCUACAGAGGCAGAGAUUGGCAUGACCAGCACCCGCUGGCGGAAGGGUGUCUGUGAGGAGAUCUCUGGGGCUUAUGAGAAAACAGGCACUGAUGGGAAGUUCCUGUACCACAAACCCAAAUGGAACAUGACCUUGGAGUCCUACGUGGUCCACACCAACUACGAUGAGUAUGCCAUUUUUCUGACCAAGAAAUUCAGCCACCGUCAUGGACCCACCAUUACUGCCAAGCUCUAUGGACGGCAGCCGCAGGUGAGGGAUAGCCUCUUGCAGGAGUUCAGGGAGUUCGCCCUGGGUGUAGGCAUCCCCGAGGACUCCGUCUUCACCAUGGCCGACAGAGGUGAAUGUAUCCCUGGGGAGCAGCAAGCAGAGCCCGUCCUACUCUCAAGAGCCCAGCGGGCUGUGCUCCUCCAAGAAGACGAAGGAUCAGGGGUUGGGCAACUAGUACUUGAUUUCGAGAAGAAGGAAGAUUCCUGCCAGCUGACCCCCUCAGCAGGUCCCUGCAUGGGCAUGAUCAAGAGGUAUUUCUAUAACAGUACGACCAUGGCCUGUGAGACCUUCCAGUACGGGGGCUGCAAGGGGAACAGCAACAACUUCGCCUCGGAGAAGGAAUGCCUGCAGACCUGCCGCACUGUGGCGGCCUGCAGUCUCCCCAUAGUCCCCGGCCCCUGCCGAGGCAGCUUCGAGCUCUGGGCAUUUGAUACUGUCUGGAGGAAGUGCAUCCCCUUCUUUUAUGGGGGCUGCCACGGCAAUGGUAACCAGUUCUACUCAGAGAAGGAGUGCAAAGAGUACUGCGGUGUCCCUGGUGAUGGGGAUGAGGAGCUGCUGCCUGUCUCCAGCUGA